CUGGCUAUGCCACUGUUGGAGGUACUGCUAGCUAUGCUUCUAUUGGAGGCACUGCUGGCUAUGCCACUGUUGGAGGUACUGCUAGCUAUGCUUCUAUUGGAGGCACUGCUGGCUAUGCCACUGUUGGAGAUACUGCUAGCUAUGCUUCUAUUGGAGGCACUGCUGGCUAUGCCACUGUUGGAGAUACUGCUAGCUAUGCUUCUAUUGGAGGCACUGCUGGCUAUGCCAUUGUUGGAGGCACUGCUAGCUAUGCUUCUAUUGGAGGUACUAUUGGCUAUGCCACUGCUGGAGGUACUGCUAGCUAUGCCUCUAUUGGAAGCACUAUUGGCUAUGCCACUGUUGGAGGUACUUCUAUCUAUGCUUCAAUUGGAAGCACUAUUGGCUAUGCCACUGUUGGAGGUACUGCUAGCUAUGCCUCUAUUGGAAGCACUGCUGGCUAUGCCUCUAUUGGAAGCACUAUUGGCUAUGCCUCUAUUGGAAGCACUAUUGGCUAUGCCACUGUUGGAGGUACUGCUAGCUAUGCUUCUAUUGGAGGCACUAUUGGCUAUGCCACUGUUGAGGCAUCUUCUAUAAAGUGUACAAAAAGUG